AUGGGUUUACUCGCUGCCAUCGUCCUGCAUCGACGCGUUGGAUGCAGGUUUCUGAGGAGACUGUGCUUCGUGGCAUUCUGUGAGGGAGGCCUAUGCUCGGCAGUGGACUUGAUUGGCUUAAAUUAUGAUGAUGACCCCAUUUGCAUCAGCGAUAGUCGUCUAACAGCGGGCGGGCGCCGAAUUAAAAUCCCCCGGGCUGGGCACGGCGGCGCGUCCAAGGGCGGCCGGCCCCAACAUUUCGCUGCUAGACGGAAGGGCCGUACUACGAAGGAUUUCGCAAGACAGAAGCCAAAUGAGGGUUGGACUCCUUUAUCGGGCGUCGUAGGCGGGUUCCGGGCU